UCCAAAAUCGAAGACUUCAGAAUGAGACCUCAACCUAUUUCACAUUUUACAUAAAAAUGUCAACGGAAUUUUAUUUCUUUAAAAGAGCGGUGCGGAAUAGACUGGAAGAUAAUACAUUUUUGCCAUUGUGGGAACUUGUAGAGUCCUGGACUCAAAAUGACUGGAUGGCAAUCUUUUUUAUAAUUUUCCUAGGAAUUAUUUUUGAGAUAAUACUCAUAAAGAUUUAUACAUCCUUUCAUAAGAAACCUGUACUUCCAGAAAAAGGUAGUUCAGGGGCCCAGGAGGUAAGAGCAAAUGAUAACUGGUCAAUUCGUUCAUCUUCACCUUCGGAAGAAAGAGUUGAUGAGUUUUCAGUAAGAACAAUUACUUCAUCACUUAAAACUGAAGACAAGGAAGGUAACUUUGAAGAUAGAGUUUCACCAACAGAUGAAGUAAUAUGGUCAGGUACUAGUGAAAGUAAAUAUCAAGUAAGUUACUCUAGUGAAAGUCGUAUGCCAUCUUCACAUGGGACUAGCUCAUCUUUGUCACUGUUUCAUUCAGAAGUAAAGGAAUUUUUUCUUAGCCAUAGAGGAUAUGAAAAUGAACAUGAAACAGCACAAUUUUCAUCAAGGAAAUUAUUUGCAAUAUUGAAAACCAACAAAAAUAAAAAUCCAGCAUUUUCUUCUGACUUUAACUUUUCAAGAUGCUCUAGCAUCUCUAGAGAAAGUGAAGGUCUAGAUAUGGCACCAUGUCCUCCUGCCCACUUAUUUCUUUCCAGAGACCAAGUCAGACUUCUGGAAGAAACUGUGAGAAAUCAAAUUCCUUUAAAACCCAAAACUAUCUUAGAGAGUAAAACUACUUAUCCAUACUCAAGACCUCAAGAGUCCUUGAUUCAAAAUCAACAUUCUUUUGGAAUGCAUAUUCCUACCCAAGCACAAGAUUCUUUUCCAGUACAAAAUGCUACUCAGAAUCAAGGUUUUUAUGAAGCCAGAUUUACUAGUCAAGCCCAGCAAUUUGUUAACAACCAAGAAUCAGUCAACAGCCAGCCUGAUAUCAUGGCCAGGUAUUUUGCUCUGCCUCAGGAUUUGAUUAGGAAGCCAUUUUCCAGCAGCACACAAGACUCCUUCCAGACCCAAGUUCUGGGCAGAAGCCAACAUUUGGUUAAUGUCCCACAUUCUGUUGAGACUCAACAUUCAAUCAAGGGCUUAGAGUCUGAUAAUAAACACUUACAUGAGACCCAAUAUUCUUCUGUUUGGUUUCAAGAUUCAAACCAGAUUAAACAUUUAACGCAGGGGCAAAAUGCUAUUUUUAAGAAUGCCAGAUUUCUAGUUUUAACUGUAAGUCCAAAUUCAUUUGCAGAAGGGAUGCUCCAAAUAAGGAGUGUAAAGCCAGAGGGCCAGAAACAAAUUGCUUCUUCAGAAUUAAACCAGUAUUCUGUAUAUAGCUCAGUGCCUCUUUCACUUACCUUUGAAAGGCAGAAAAACUGGAGAAAAGCAUUACACGGUAAAAGUAAACUUAGUCGCAAAGUUUCAUCUCAAAAGUCGAAGAAACCACCAACUCCAUGGGUAUUUCAAAUGACAGUAUGCCACACUUCAAAACCUGGCAAGUUAGGAUGCAAACAUAAUGCUAAGAAGAAAGAAUUACAUCCAAGGAAAGGUGUAUCAGAUAUAGCUUUGCAUCUUCUUUACUUUUCCAAGCUUGUUCCUCCUUAUAGUAAGAGGUAUUCCAGAAAAAAACUAGUAGAAGUCAUGCCAGGUGUAACAGGACGUAGACAUUCUCUGCUGAAGCAAAACAAGACACUAGAUGCAGAGAAUGUCAGUUGUGUGGGGUCUGUUGAGAAAAGAGGAACCUCAGGCAAUGCUAAAAAUGUAAAGCAGCAUGGCAGAGAAAAUGAAGGACAAAAAAACAUCUCAGCAAAACUUCCAUCCUGGCUAGAAGAGCCUUUCAUGGUCAAUACUUUUCCAUUAAAAGCACCUUGUUCUUUAUUAAUAGAAACAAACUGGAAGAAUAAACAAUCUCUUAAAGACCCAAUUACACAAGAAAAAGAAAUUGGUAUUGCAGAGUUCCAUGCCCCCAAUAGUAAAAAAACAUCUGACCUGCAUAUUCCAAAGCAUGAGUCACCUUUAGAAGAAGCUAUAUCAGAACGUUGGCAAAAAUUUGCUUCCUCUCCUGAAAUGGAAUCAAACAGAAGAAUGAAAACACGGGAAGACCUAAAAAGUAAAGAGAAUUCCCAUCUUCCACUUUCAAAUGGAGAGGAGUUACCAACUAAUUCACCAGAAACACAAAGGUGCUUUCCAAACAGAAAUAUACAGAAGGAAAGAGAUUUUCUGGAAAUUGUUCUGGAGACUUCAGAGGUCAAUUUGCUCAUUUCACUAGGAACUAAAGAGCAUAAAAGCAGUGAGCAAGUAGCAAGUGUAAAAACUCAAGAGAGUACAGAAGAGACAGUUAUGAAGGAAAAGAAACCAUUAAUCCUUCAUGUGACAGAAUAUGAUGACCCAAGUGAAAGUGAGAGACUGCAAUGUAACACGAGAAGCCACAUAAAUAUGCAAGAUAAAAGAAUAUUUGCAACGUUUCACAAUGCCACUGACACUACCAUUUCUGGGCCGCCUGAUACGGAAAUGCGGAGCAGAUUAAAAGCCAAGACAGAUACAUCGACAACAGGGUUUAGUUAUUCAGUGGUAGAGCAAGAGAAAUUACCAGAUGAAAAGAAAGCAUCGGAUGCAAAAUACAUUGAGGAGAGAUGUAUUAAAAAGCCACAAGAACAUGACAGAGAGGAAGAGGAACCAACUUUACAAGAAGCAGUUCCACAGCUGAAGCAAGAUUUCAGGGUCAGCCUGCAACUAAAGCAGAAGCCUAAAUAUGUCAGAUUUGAAAUUAAACAGAGCAGUUCAGGUAGUAGAAAAAACCCAAAUAAAGAGCAAGAGGUACAACCACAAACUCUUUCUACAGAAACAAUUGUGGGGACUGGUCCAUGCCCCACAAUGGAUCCAUUUCAAGUUCAGGUAAAGCAAAUCACGGACAGACCUACAGGUAGAGAGACUGCAGAUGCGAAGAAUCCUCUUACAGUGCUAGAGAACUCACCAGUGGGUGGUGUUAUAACUGAUACAACAGAACGUGAUGUCCCAUUUGGUGGAAGCCCCAGAAAGAUACCAGAUGAUCAUAUUGCGGAGGAAAAGGAAGACUUAAAACGAGUUUUCCCUGCAGCUGCCCUGGGGUUGUUCAUCAUCCGCACACUUCCUUUAUUAUCUUUCAAAAGGCAGAAAAUCAGAAGAAAAUGGUCAGGAGCAAAAACGGUACUCGGUCCCAAACUUGUCAUUAUGAAAGUAAAGAAGCCAGCAAAUUUACUGAUGCCUAAUAUCAGUAGGAAUGGUAUACCAAGUCUUAGGAGAAGAUUGAGAGGCAAUUUUAAAAUCAUAACUAAACAGAUACUGCAAGAUAAAAUUGUGUCUGAUGUGCUUGUGAAUGUUACUUACCCCCACAUGUCUACUGUGCCUCGUAUUAGAACACACAGCAGACUCAAUGCGGAGAAUCCCGGCCAUACCAAGCCAAACCAAGAGGAAUCAGAGGAUGAAAGGGAAGAAAAGCAUUCCAAUUUUAUUAAUAAAGGAAAUGACCCUGGAAACACACUAGAAGAAGCUAAAUUGCAAGAUGAAGUGAGAGGGGACGAAGCAGCUCGACCAGAAGCAGUCCUUCAUGGUCCCUGGCACCUCAGAUUGAAUGCAAAUCCCGAGAAGGAGUUCAGAACAGAGGAAGAAAUGCCUCAACCAGUUACAUCUGGAGAAAGUCUUGUGGAGUCUGUUGACACCCCAAUAAUGGAUCUAUUUCAUGUUGAGAAUAUGAAGAAAAGCCUAGCAACACAAGCAGACUUAAAACGCACUGCAGAUGCGGAGAUACCUCUUCCGACAUCAGGAAAAUCAGUGAUUGGAGACCCUAUAAACCAAACAAGAGAAAGUGAUGUUUUAGAUUAUGGAAAUGAUACAAGGGAAAUGGGUUACUUUUUUGCAGACACAAAGGCAGAACUACCAAAAGAUUUACCAGCAAUGUAUUCAGAGACUUUUAAUUGCCACAUGCCUGUUUUAACUCACUCAAAAGUGAAUAAAAACAGAGUACGAUUCUCACACACAGAAUGUCCAGUGAAGCCCAAGUCUGUACCAACGAAUACAGUGAAGCCGUCAGUUUCACAAGUAUUUAAUAGCACAGGUCAUAGAAAGAAAUUGGACUCCGAGGCGAAGGCCAAGUUGGAGAAGAUCAACCAAGCUAAUGGAUUGGUAUAUGACUUUAUAAGUAGCCUUUUUUCUCCUAUGCAUAGCAGAUUACAAGGAGAGACAAACAGCUUCUGUCACGCUCAGUUAAAGCAAGGGCAAUUAGCAGAGGAAGUGAGACCACGGUAUGUUGAUUUCUUUGAUAAGUGUAGUGCAUUCCAUGACCAAGAAGAAAAAGUGAAAGACGGAGAGGAAGUGGAGCAGAAAACAUUGCUAGAGGCAGCUUCGCAGCAUACCCAGCAUCUCUGGCCCGAUGCAUGUCAAGCGAAGGAGACCCACCUUGACGAACAGUACACAGCACUGAGCAGUUUAACACAGGAGCAAGAUGCUCAGCACCAAAAAUGGUUUGCACAAACUGCCUUGCAGACUAGCCUCCAGAUGGCUCCUAGAGAAGGCGAGGAACUCGAGAAACCCAGCCAAACAGAACAUGCCAUAACAGCCCCUAUGGGUGCCGAGAGUCCACCUCCCAAAGCAGCACCAGCUCCAGAGAAUAGCCAAAGCUUCAUAUUCAAUGCGUAUCAGAAGGAGAAUUUUGACCUUGUCCAAUCAGAUGAGGAGCUGAAACAACCACAGAGUCGAAAUCUUCAGGUACAACCACAAAUACAUGGUACACAAACUGUUUUAAGUUCUGCUUCAUGCCCCAUACUGGAUCAGCUUCAAUUUGGAGAGCUAGAGAGUUACGCUGGGUUUUCACCUCCUAAGUCAGAGGAAGUGAAGAAUGAUGAGAUCAUUUUUUCUGCAAGAGAACAUGGUGUCCCAUCUGACGCAAAUCACCAAAAGGAACAGGCUGGUGGUGUUGAAAAGAAAGACACAGUGACUUUUGAUUUCUGCCUACCUGCUUUAUCUACACCCCAGACAAACUUCAAAUAUUCAGACAAGAAAACGUCAGUGAAUAUCAAAUAUGGACUUUUAAAGGCAAAGAAACUGUCAGUUUCAAACAUAUUCAAUAUCAAGGGUGCUGUUAGCCCAAACCAUAGAAAAGAAUUGGGAUGUAACCCUACAACCAAAAUGAAAGAGGUGCAUCACGGAGAAAAAAUGGCAGCCAAAAUGUAUUCUUUCAUGACUAUUACCCCUGACAUUAAUACGUAUAACAAGAUAGAAAGAGAAAAAGAUAUGUUAGGAGAAAGAAGUCUCAGGGCUAAACAAGUAAAGCAAGCAACAUCACCACUGGAAGGGAAUAUUACUUCAGAUGACACCAAAGAAAACAGUGUUCAAGAUGAGGAGGAAGAAACCGGUGACCAGGAGAUAUUAAAAGUAAUUUCACAGCACAGCACACAUUUCAAAUUCUGUUCAGGCCAGAGGGAGGAGCUUGACCUUCAUCAAUCAGAAAACCAAGGAAGUGGGAAAAUUCUCUUUGUUAUAGAACAAGACAUCCCACAACAAAUGCAGCCUACAGAUUCCAUGCUGGGAGAGAAGCCAAAGAAAAGCCACCAUCCACAAAAUGGUGCAAUAUAUAUAGCAAGUUCAAAGCUUCCUCCUCUAAAGUCAAAGGACUCACUAAUUGGUCAAGUUUUAGUGGAUACAGUGAAGGGUGGUGUCCCAAGUGUUGGGAGCCAUAUGGGGGAACUGUACCAUCAUGGUAAAGAGGAAAAUGCAGAGUUUAAAAAAAAUCUAGAAGCAACUGUCCUGGAGUAUUCGGAGGUCUCCACGCCUGAUCUGUCUGAAUCGAAAAGGCAGAGAAAGACAUUUACAUGUAGAGCCUUAAAAAAUCAAAUGAGUCCCAAAUGUGUAAUUAUGAAGGCAAGGAAAAUGCCAAUUUCAACAAUAUUUAGUAUCUCAGGGAAUGGUUGUCUAAAAAACUUACCUCCAAAGACCCUGAAAUCACAGAACAUUGACUUUUUAAUUCCUACAAAGUGCUCUGGGGUACUGGAAGAUCUUAUUGCAGAGAAAAAAGAAGGAUUAGCACAAGAAUUUCCAGCAACGAUUCUGGAGUCUUUGGAUUUAUCCACACUUGCUUUACCUGCAUUGAAAAGAAGGAGAAACCAUUUAAAAUAUACAGAGAAGAGAAAGAAAAUGAGUCUCAAAUGGGUAACUUUGAAGACAAAAAAGCCACCAAUUUCCCAGACACUUCACAUCACAAAACGUGGUAUUCCAAGCCGUAGAAGGCAAUUCAAAUGCAACUUCAGUAUCAUGAUGAAACAAGGUAAACCCGUGGCAGACAAAACCCUAAAUGCCAUCUCCUCUCCCAUGCCUGUUUCACUUGACGUGAAAAUGCAUAACAGAAUAAAAGCAGAGUCAGAUGUGUUGUGGACAAUGAGAUUUAGUCACGAACGGCAACAGCAAGAGCUGUCACCAGAUGGAGAGAGAGCCAGCGGGGCCUUUUCCAGUGACAAGAGGGGCCGUGCCUCCAGGGGCAUGAAGGAGGUCAAAGGCCAACGUGAAGAAGCAGCCCCACGGAGUUCUCAGCACUUCAGUUCCAUCACUGGUAAAAUGGAGGAGCCUCGCUGUGUGAGAUCAGAACUAGAACUGGAGAAUUCAGCAAGGAAAAAAAUCCCAGAACCACUUAACACAGCUCAGGAGCAGCAGCAACAAACACUUUUCACACAAAGCGCGUUGCAUUGUGUUUCCUGCACUAUCUUGAAUUCACUUCCAGUUGAGAAGCUACCAAAAAGAACGAAAGCACAGAAAGGCUUGCAAUAUGCAAAGAGCCCAAAGCUUUUAUCUCCGGAGCUAGGGAAAUCUGUUCGUGAAUCUUUAAUUAUUACAACACAGAGUGACAUCCCAUCUGAAAGAGGCCCUAGAAAGGAACUUGCUAGAUCUACUCCAGAAGGGAAGAGAAGAUUGCAAAAGGAUUUACAAGGGAGAACCUUGAAGUUUUUGGAUUUCUCCACUGCAGCUUCAUCUGAUUUUAGAGGGUGGAGAAAGACACCACAAAUCCCCAAAUCUAGAACGGGGAAAGCACAGAUGGCAUCAAUUUUAAAGACGAUCCACAUUGCUAGGUCUGCAGCUCUUAGCCAUGGAAAGGAACAGGACUGCGUCUUGGAAAACAUGGCCCCAGAAAUAUCUCAAGAGCUGAGGAAGAACAUCCCACCACAAAAAGACAUACCACAUAGACUCGGUCAAAAGAUUCCAUGUCCAAAAUCAGGGACAGCACUGUUGGACUACUUUUCAACUGAUGGAGCAGAGUGUAGUGCCAAAUCUGAUGCGAGCUCUGCAAGGAAGCUGGAUGUUCACAUGGCAGUUUCCCUACGACCUGAAGACAAAGGGGAAGGCAUAAAAACUCACAAAGUAGUGAAGCACAGAGUUGAUCAAAAUAUUCCGCCUACCAAAUCGGGAAACUCAGUGCUUGGAGAUCCUGAUGAUGGAAGCUCUAGGAGGAAAAUGAGUGGUCGCAUUGCCAGAAAACAUAGAGAGUUGCAAAGAGAUUUACUAACAACGUCCACAACAUCCGUUUUCUCUGACUCUAUAAGGCAGGAAAAGGUAUUAAAGUUUCCAGGAAGGAAAAAUCUCACGGGUCCCAAAUGUGUAACCAUGAAGGCAAAGAAGCCGCUUUGUUCACAGAUGCUUCAUAUCACUGAGCAUGAUAAUCUCUACUGUAGAAAGGAACAGGACUGCAACUUAAAAUCUUCAAUAAAAGACAAGCAACAAAAUAAAAGUAUAGCUAAUGCAUUUUUGUCUCCCGCACCUGUUUCGGCUGAUAACAAAAUAGAUAUCGAAAUGCAGAGCACAUCAAAAGCAGAGACAGAUCAACUAAGAGUAAAUCUGCACAGCCAUAUCCCUGCAAAGCGAAGGAAAUCACCAUGUGAUAGGGAAGCAUGGAACCAGGCCAGCUCAACUGAUAUGCAAAACAGAUCAAGCAAGACAAUGAAAAUGAAUGUGCAACAUGAAAAGGAAGAGGAAAAUAUCCAAAGAAUGUUAUUGGAUUCAGUUCCACACUGUGGGCAACACCACCGCUUCAGCGCCGAUCAAAUGAAAAAUCCUGGUUCUUCCCAAUCAACAUCUGAACUGAAUCAUUCAGAAGUCAGAAGGACUUGGAAUUUGCCUUGGACAGCACAAAAGAUGAGACAAGAAGAAUGCUUUAGAGAAACCGUUUCGGAGCCUGUUUCUAGACACAUGAUGACUUUUUUUCAAGUUGAAACAGAGAAAAAAGGUCUUUCUACUCAAGAAGGAAUAAAAUGUAUGGAACGUGUAAAGACUCCAUUGCCAAAAGCAAGGAAAUCAGAGACCGCUUCAAUAAAAUGUGGCACUCUAUGGGAUGGAAAUCCUAGGAGACGUUGGGAUAGUCCUAUCUUGGGGAAGAAGGCAUGGAAUCAAAAUGACUUAGUGAGAACAGUCUUAAAACCUUCAGAUUUUUCCAGCCUUGAUUCAUCUGUACCCAAAAGCCAGAGCUAUGCAUUGGAGUUUGUAAGCAAGAGAAGUAUAGUAAGUUCCAAGCAUGUAACUUUGAAGGCAAAGAAACGACCAAGUUCACAAUUGCUUAAUACCAUAAGGUGUAUUACAGGAAGCCAUAGAAAGAAAAAGGAGUGCACAUUUCAGUACAAGAUGAAAAGGAGACAGUGGAUUGAAAGUGUUGUAGAGGCGUCACUCCCUGCUGUUGAGGGAACUGAGAUUCCACCAUCCAAGAUAGUGACUGAUAAACACUCAUUCAAUACAAUAGCAAGGAGCACCAUAUAUAACAGAACACUUCACAAAAAUCUGCGUGGUCAUACUACAGAAGAAAAGGCAGAGUUAGAGGAAAACUCUGCCACAACUUUCUUGGGGCCUUUAGAUUUCUUCACACCUAUUUUAUCUGACCCUGAAAGCCAGAAAAACACAGUACAGUUAUUAGAAGAGAAAAUCACCUUGAAUAUCAACUGUUCAAUUAUGAAGAAAAAAGAGCUGGCAAUUUCACAAAUACCUAAGAUCAGAAGGCAGUUUACCACAAAAUACAGGAAUAAACCUGGAUCCAAUUUAAAAACGAAAAUGCAACAGAUGAGGCAGGAUAAAAAUGUGGCUAAUACAUUUCCAAAUACCAUUGACUUCACACCGGAUACUCCUGACCUUAGAAGGCAGAGCAGAUUGAAAACAGGGAUUGACAGAGGAUCACAGUUCCGUCACACACAGCCAACACAUAGAGAGCUGCCAACCGAAGGGCUAGUGAUUUCACAACCGCUUCAUGCUACCAGUCGUGCUGCUUUAAGCAAUAAUGAGCGACAGGAAAAGAAGAUAGGCACGAAGGGAGAGAAAACUGUAUUACGUGUGGACCUCAAAUCCGUAUAUGAUUCCAUGCCUAUUUUUUCACACAUAAAAAUGGAGCCAUCACCUAGUACCUGGGGUAUCUCUGAAGAGUCUUCUGAAAAGGGAAAUGCCCUAAACAAAGCAAAUGCUAGCUCUGCUUAUGCCUGCACACCUGUGUAUCUUCAAAUCGUAAAACAUAAAGCUAUGGCAAAAACAGCAGAUGUGAAAAACAGUAUGCAUACCAAACGGGUAAAAUUGAAAGCAAAGAAGCUACCUGUUUCCCAGCUGUGUCAUACUAUAGGAUGUAGGACCAGAAGAAACAAAAAGGAACAGACAUGUAACAUGAAGAAGCAGAAGAGGGAGUUCCGGCAAGAUAAAACUGUAACAGAUUUAUUUCUGAGCACUAUUUGUGAUUCUGGAUCUGGUCCAUCUCAAAUUAAACAGUUUACAGAAGUAAAAAGGGAGAAAGACAGGCCAAGAAAGCCCCUUUACACUCCUCCCCAGCGAAAGCUAGAGAAAUCACUAAGCCAAAGAAAAAUGUCAUCUUCAGAGUCCACUGAUAUUAAGAAUACUAUAUCAAGAAAUAUCAAAACACUGAAACAAUACAUUAGAGCGCAAAAAGAAAAUCGCCAAACUCUUUUACUAGACAUUCUCCCUCAAUGUAGAGAUCAGUUAGUGAUUGGCCAACAAGUGACGAAGGAGCUUGACCCCGUGAAAAUAGGAGUAACGUUGGAAAGAGAGGUAUACCCUGGUCUAUCUUCCCAGAAGAGGGAUAUUGAUUACCCUAGGUUCGAUGCCCCAAGAGUUAGAAAACUUACAGGAUGUGAAUUCCUUGUUGCACAAAGAGUGAAGGAAGAAGACAUAGACAUGGUUGAACGUUUGGUUUCAAUUCCAUCGGGGAGACAAGUAUCAGAGAAAACCGAUGCUUCAUUAAGUUCAAAAGGACAGAAUAUAUUUCUCACAGAGUUGAAUGCUUCUCAACAGAAGACUUGCAAGGAGCAAGAAUUGCCAAAACAAGGAAGUGUUUCAGUGACAAAUCUGGGGUCUGUUGCCUACCCCAUUAUGGAACCUUCUCGUUUGGAAAACACAGGAAAGGUAGCUGAGGAAGAGAUGUACACCAGCAAAAAAAAUAUUUCACAUCUAUUGGGAAGAGAAGAUAUAGAAGAAACUGAUAUCUUCCAAGGCUCAAAAGGACAGAAGUUUCUUUACACCAAUCUGGUGGCCCAGCAAAAUAUAUCUGCAGUGCGGAAAGGAGAGGUGGAGCCAGAUGACAUUCCUGAAAGUACUGUGGAUUCUGUAUCUUGCCCAAAUAGGGAUAAUCAUUUCCAGAUAACACAGGUGGUAAAUACAAGGAAGGAAGAUGUAAGCAUUCCUAUAAAUUUAUAUGUAAAUCCAUGGAGAAAAGAGCAAUCACAGGUAACUGAUAGUCCAUUGAGAUUAAAUGAAAAGAAAAUGAUUUUUUCUGAAAAACUGAAGGCGAAGCAACUACAUAGGUCUAUGCAGAAUAAAGAAAAUAUUCUGGAAUCCAUUUCUUCACGCAUAGUGCAUCGACUCCAUAAUAAUAAGCUAAAGAAAAAUGUCUCAGCGAAAGGAAGGAGUUCAAAAGUUUUGAGUUCAGUGGUAGAUGAAGCAUCAAAUAAAGCAGAUACUCCAGUAGACCAACCUCCAUGCUCAGAAGGAGUUGACUUGCACAACAGGAGAAGAAAAGAACCUCAAAAAGAAAGUACAUGCAAGGCUCUUCCCACAUCUGUUUCUUAUUCCUUGACAGAUGUCCUUCAGAUGAAAUUGCCGUGUGUAAAGGAAGUAUUAAAGGCUCCAAUGUACCACACUUCAAAUACAGAAGGAAUUGGCUUGCCUGUUGAGGGAAAAGAAGAAAAGCAACCAGAAUGUAUACACCAGAUUUCUCCAAAACCUGCUUCUCACUCUUUGAGGGACAUAUUUCAGAGCAAGAUGCCAUGUAAAGAGAAGGCAUCAAAAGAAGUAGUUAGCACCAUGGAUUACAUUCCAAGUACAGAACAAAUUGGCUCGUUCAUUACAAGACAAGACAGCAAAGUGCGGAUAGGUAAAGGUAAACCAUGUAUGAAACUGACAAGCUUGUGUGCUUCCUUACCAUCUCUACCACACACUGAUGUGAAUUCAAGAAUAAAAGUAGGGCAAGGUAAGUCUGGAAUACUAAAGAGCUGCCUUCUACCUCUAAAGUCCCAGGUAUCAUCAAGUGUCAGGAAAACACUAUUUGCAAAGUCAAUUAAUAGAGAUAGUUUAAGCCGUGUAAUAGAAUCAAAACAUUUGCCACAGGGAAAAAAGGAAGAUGGAGAAAAUAUAGUAUAUGUGAAAGACAUCAUGGGCCUCAAAUGUGUCACUUUUAAAGGAAAGAAAACAUCUUUUAAAUAUAUACUGCAUGGAAAAGAGCCACAGUGGAAUAACAAAGAACAAGAGGAAAUGAUGCAAAAAGAUAAAAGUGAUCUAGACAUGGUUCAGAAUAAACACCAUGCUUCCUUUCCUUCUUCACCACACCUGGAACGGAUGCCUGGAAUAAAGGAGGUCCUCAUGCGAGGAAUCGCAGGAUUUUGUCUUCCAUCACUGACACUCAAGGAAUUAUCUGAUGCAAUGGGAGUACGUGAGGAGCCAACUGAUGAUAUUUUAAGCAGUAUAAAAAAAGCAAAAUAUAUGCCACGGAGAGAUAGAGUAGAAAUGGCUUUGGAAGAAAUAAUGCAACCCAAAAGAAUAGCUUUGAAAGUGAAACAGUCUCCAAUCACACAGGAAUUACAGUUGAACAUCAAAGAAAAUGAGAAAAACAUUCAGGAACAUAAAGAUAAUCAAGUUGGGAUUCGGAACACAUCUUGUAUUUCCGUCUCUUUUCCAUCUUACUCAGAAGUGGACAUAAGAAUAACAGGGGAAGAAACCAGGCUAAUAAAAAGAAGGUCCUCUUUUCUACAACCAGAACUCCAGGAGUCAUCAGAUAUAGAAAAAAUAGCAUACAAAGAGUCUGUUUAUGGUGAUAUCUCAAGCAGCAUAAAUAAAGCCAAAGAAUAUAUAAUGCAGGAAGAAGAGGAGAGAGUAAAAAAGGAAGAAGUCAUACCUUUCAGGGAAAAGAAAUCACCAAUUUCACAGGAAACCCAGCUGGAUAUUGAAGAGCAAGAGACAAAGGUACAAAAAAUUAAAGAUGAGCCAAAUGUCCUUGUGAGCAAUACCAGCCCUUGCAUAAUUGCUCCUUCUCAUUUAAAGUUGGGUACAAGAAUUCAAACAGCAGACUCUCUAACUGAAGUUGCAAGAUACUGUAUUCCAGAACUAUCACGCCAGAAAUCAUCAGAUGCAGUGAAAAAAGCAAAUAAAGAGUCCAUUGAUGACCAUGCCGCAAGUGAUGUACAAGAAGCAAAAGACUAUGUGCCACAGAAAGAAGAGGGUGAUGUAGAGAUAUCAGCUGAGAGAGACGUGAUGCAUCCAAAAGAUAAAGAUUUAAAAAGAAAGCAAGCACUUUCACAGGACAUACCACCGGAUCUUAAAGAGCAGGUGAACGUGGAUCUGGAAAGUGAAGAGCAGGGGAGAAUGGAGGGAGGAGGUAAAGGUGAACGGGAAGUGGUUCUGCCCACACACGGGGCUUCUGAAUCUUCUCUAAGUCACCAUGAAUUGGACACAAGAAUAGAAGGAGAGGAAGACAGCCAAGGAAUAACAAGACCUGCUGUUUCACAACUACUGUUACAGAAAUCAUUUGAGGCAGGGAAAACAGCAUAUACAAAGUCAACUGGGGAUGAUAUCUCAAAGGAUCUAAGAGUAGUGCAAGAGUAUGAGCCAGAGAAAGGAGAAGAUGGAAGAAAAAUAGUAAAUAUGAAAUAUCUAAUGUAUCCUAAAGGCACAACUUCCAAGGAAAAGGUAUUACUACCCCCACAUGUACUCUAUACCUCUGGGAGCUGUGGCUCCCAAAUUGUAGAAGUACAGACGAACAUGAAGGAAAAAUUAGGAAACCGACAGGAAAGAAGCAAACUAGAUAAGCUUCUGACAAGAACUUCUCUACUUCCAUUUAAGUUAAACAAAGGUAUAGGAGGCAAGGAAGAGAAAGAAGGAGUAACAAGACCCUCUCUUCCACCCUCAUGGCACAAGGAAUCAUCACAUGCCGAGGAAUUAAAAUAUACAGUACCACCUUUGAAUGGCAUCGCAAGCAGUUCAAAAAGAACAGAAUACAUGACACAGACAGAAGAGGAGAAAGCAAAUACUUUUGAGGAAGACAUAAUGCACCCCAGGUACAUAGCUUUGAGGGCAAAGAAAUCACCCCUUUUCCUUAUACUCAAAACAAAGAAACUGCAAGUCAACAUCAAAGAACAAGGGGAAGUGGGGCAAGAAGAUAACGAGGACACUGUUGUGCUUCUGAGCAGAAUUCAUCCUUUCAUCACUUCUUCAACUCAUCUUAAGUGGGACACAAUAAAAGAUGAGGAGGGUGAGCCAGGAAUAAUAAGAAAUGAUGUGCCACAUCUUGAGCUCCAAGAAUCAUUGCCUUCAGGGCGAGUGGCACCUACAGAGUCAUCUGAUAGCCAUGUGAUAAAAGAAGAACAACACCCACGACAGGAAGAAAGGAACAGAGUACAAACAGAAGCCACAGAUGGCUCAAUGCGGCCCAGUGGCACAGAUUGUAAGGCAAAGAUAUCACCACCUCCUCCUGUGUUCAGGGUUACUGAGCACAGUGCUUUGAACAACAGAAAGGAACCACAGUGGAGCAUGAUGGAGAAAGUAGAACAAGAGCAGCAAAGAACAGGUGACCCUGAUGUGGCUCGGACAAAAACUCCUCCUUCCACACCUUCCCCACCUCACCACCGAUGCUCUCCUUCACAAUUGCUGUGCCCUGAGUCAUCAGAUGCAGGAAAAACCAGACAUGCAGAUUCCAAUGAGGGCAUUGGCUCAUUCGAUGUAACAAUAAAAAUUAAUCAGCCUAUGCCAUAUACAAAGGUAAAGAACAGAGUAAACAUAAAAGAUGGGGAAGGUAGAAGAUUCCCAAAAAUAAUCACUUUGAGAGCAGAGAUAUCCUCACCUCUACAUCUAUCCAGUAGAAAGAGACUACCUUUGUAUAUUAAAGAGCAAGGGAAAGAAGUGCAAGAAGGCAAAAGUGAACCAGAAAUGGUUCUGAAGGAAGCCUGUGCCUCCUUGCCUUCUCCAUCUUGCCUGAAAUGGGACGGGCAAAUGAAUGAAAAGGAAGACACAUUAGAAAAAACACACUUCACUUUUCCACCAUCAAAGAUUCAGGAUCCAUCCAAUUCAGGCAAAGAAGCAUAUACUAAGUCAUUUUAUGGUGAGUUAAAAGAGAAGGAUAGACUCAAAAUAGAUAUUGAAGACAAAAUGGUCCCAAGAUGUAUGGCUCUGAAGGCAAAGGAAGUACCCCUUUCACAUAUACUAGAUACCAAAAAAUUGCAGUGGAAAAUGAAAGAGCAAGAGAGAAAGAUGCAGAAAAAGAAAAAUGACCUCGUUGAAAAUCUGGGAAACAUCUGUACUUCUUUACUGACCCUACCAUAUCUUAAAUUUGGCAAAACAGAAGGAGAGGGGUACAUGAUAAGAAUUACAAAUGUGCCUCUCCCACAACUACAGUCCAAGGAAUCACUAGAUGCAGUGAAAACAGCAUAUGCAGAAACAACUGAUGGAGAACUUUCAAAUGAUGUAAAAGAAUUAAAAGAACACACGUUACAGAAAGAAGUGAGAGAUGGAGAGAAAAACGUGGAGAUGAAUAGUACAGUGGCUCCCAGUGAUAGGCAUUUAAAAGAAAAGAGAUCACCUAUUUUACUUAGAUACAAUCUAAGUGACCAUCCGUGGAAAACUAAAGACCAAGAGGGAAUGGCUCAGGAAGGUCAGCGUGAGCCAGGUGGUACAAUACCAACUAAGACUUGUACUUGUACUUGUAGAUCUUCCCCACUUCACCUUUACAAGAAUCCCAGAUGUGAGAAAAAGAGAAUGGCCAUAUUAACAAGAUCCUCUCUUUCCCCAGUCAACUUCCAGGAAUCAUCAGAUUCUGAAGAUGUGGAAAGUGUAGAGCCAACUGCUAGAGAUAUUUUAAUCAGUCCACAAAAAGGAAAAGAUCAGAUGCCCCAGAACAAGGAGGGGGGUGAAGUAGAAACAGUAAACCUCGUGUUCCCCAAACAUCAAGAAAAGAAGAUACAAGGAAGUAAAAAUGAACCAGGUGUGGUUCUGGCCAACACUUCCUCUCCAUCUUCGUCUCUCCCUCUCCUCCAAUUGGAUAAAGAAAUACAGGUAGAUGAUGAAAUGUUAGUAGCUACAAGGUCUGUUGUGCAGAGAGUAUCAAAUGCCAGAGAAAUAGUACAUACAGAAGCAAUCGGUGGUGAUGUCUUGCAAGAUAGUCAAAAUGCGAAACAAUGUAUGCCUCAGGAAGAGGAGCAGGACAGAGAAAAAACAAAUAUGAAAAGUAUGGCGCAUAUCACAGAUAUAAUCUUGAAGUCAAAGAAAUCACCUCCUUCACGUAUGCUCCAUAGAACAGAAUUGCAUCUAAUCAUUGGAGGGCAAGAACCAAAGAAACAUGAAGGUCAAGGUAAACCACCCUGUACAGUGCUCAGAAAAAUUUAUGUUUCCAGACAUUCAGCUAACCCUACAUUAGAUAAAGGUACACAAGUAAAUGAAAAAAUGCUUGGAAUUAGAAGACCCUAUCUACUUCCAUGCGUGCUUUCAGCAUUAUCAGGUGCAGGGGCAAUUCGUGAUGUAAGAGAAAGAAAACAACAUAUGUCACAGAAAGAAAAAAAGUAUGAAGUGAAAACAGUUGAUAUGAGGAUUAGGAUGCAUCACAAAGAGGCCAGGAUUUCAUCAAUUUCCCGUAUCUUUAACACAAAGGAAUUUGUGUUGAAUAUUAAAGAACAAAAGGAAAAUAUGUGCAAAGGUGAAGAUGAGCUACCUAUAGUUCUGACAAGGACUUUUCUUUCCAUCCCAUCAGCACCUGCCCUUUAUCUAGACUCAGGGAACAAAAUAGACAAAGAUGUACCAGGAGCUACAGGAUCCUCUCCUCUCCAGCAAAAUCUCCAGGAAUCAUCAGAUACCCAGAAAACAGCAAUUACAGAGGUAGUUGCUGGUGAUAGUGAAAUCGUUGUGAAGAAAGUCAAACACUCUGUGCCACAAGAAGAGACAGUGCAACAGUGGACAUCCAACUUCAUGGUCAGUGUACAGCGAAGGAAUGAACCUCCACGAGUCAAAUCUGAAGGAGACUUGAGUCUGUUAGUUUUAAAUUCACAGCAUGAGGACAUUUAUUUAACAGGAUUUGGUACCAUAAGUGGGAAAAGGCUGGAAUAUUUCUUUACAGGGCAAGAGGCUCGACCAGAAAAAUACAAAACAGAAACUUUUACUACGUUUCUUUCCUACCCCACAAAGGAUCCAGCUAAGAUGGCCAACCUGAAGAAAGAAACUGAAAUAAUGGAUGAUUUAAACCAUAAAAGGAGUCCUAAGAGUUUAGUUUCACCACCAAGGAAAAUAUCCAAGGAAAUAUAUGUCACAUUUGGUACCCCUGUACGUGCAAAAGGAUUUUCUGUUUCAGAGCAAGAUGCCCCCCAACAAAAAACGUUAUCCAAGGCAUCUCCAGGAUCUGGAAAUUCAUACACAUCUGAUAAGCCAGAGAAAGAGGUACAAAAUCAUGAUAAAAUGAGCAAAAUGCCCUCUUCCAAAGCAUUAGCCCUACAGACAAAGGGAUUGCUUGAGAAAAUGAAUAUCACAGAGUCAGAUACUCCCCCAAUUAUAGAAGAACAAGAGAUUGUUGUGAAAAAGCAAGUGGUGUUACAGUCUGAAAGGGGACAUAAGACCUGCCUGGAUUCCAGCCUUUGUCUUAAACUCCCACUUAAAGAUGGAAGGCAGAAGACGCAAUUGGAAACAGAUGUAUGCAAGCAAACUAUGGUGUACCCCAGAAUACAAAUACUACCAGGAACACAUGUGGAUAUUACAGUGUUUGAUACCCUCGGAGGGAAAAAAGAGCAGGCAUUGCUGGUGCCAGAACAAAAGGAAUGCAUUCUAGAAUCAUGUCAGAAGCCUCUUCCCUUCCACUGGACUUUUCCAGCUCAAUCUGAAGAUCUGGAAGGAAAAAAUAAAAUGGACACCAGUGCUAUUAUAAAUCUGGAGCAAAAAACAUUAGAACUGGAAGAAGGGGAAUUAAAAAUAGACACAAACAUAGCUAUCUGUCUGGAAAAGGACAAAACAGAAAUGCACAAACACAUCAUUGUCAGUCUAGAGGAGAACUUAAAAAGGGACACAAAUAAUGUUGUAAAUGGGAACACUCCAUCUCCAAAGGCAGAGGAGUCUCAAAUUAACACUCAGGUGAUCACUCGUAUAGGAAACAGCUGCCCAAUCAAGCAAAAACAUAAAAAGGACCUAGAAGUCCCUGGUGCAAAACAAAAUAUUCAGCCACGAAAAAUGUUUCAAAAACAUAUUCUGGAUUCAUUUUAUGCCUACAUUCCUCUUUCUAUCAAGUUUGAAGGCCGGAAAGGCAGAUUAACAAUAGCAGAUUUGAAGAGAGAACUGAGCCCCAAAUAUUUAACUAUGAAAACCCCAAAUCACCCAAUUUCACAGAUUCUUAAUAACACAGGACGUGGUAUUCCAAGCAAUAGAAAGAAAUUAGAGUAUGACUUCAGCGGACCAAAGAAAACAGUUUUGUGGCGUGAAGAUACUUCAGGAAUAUGUAUCAGAAGUCUUUCUAUUUCCACGGUGAAUUCAUCUCAGACUGAAGAAACAGCAGAAUCUGAGACAAACCUAGAAAGAGAAAAGAUACUCUGUCUUUCUGAAUUCCAACAGAAAUCACCAAGCACUGGUGACGUUAAGAGGAACAGCUCAAGCAUUGUAAAAGAAGGGUGUCCUCCCUUCCCCCCACUGUCAAAAUCAGAAACAAACCUCAGCCAUGAAGCAAAGGAAAACAUUUUGAUUUCACAAACAAAAGAAGAAAACGUUGUUCCAGGGCCUGAUAGCUCAAGGAUCAUAAAGGAGCCCUACUUGCUUAUGACUGAGAAAGAAGAAAAGGCACCAAAACCCAUUCUGACGCCCACAGAGUGUCCACUCAUGUCUGAUGAUCCAAAGGACAAGCAGGGGGAUCAGAGUGAACCUAUCCAGGACACAACGACACCAAAGGUCCAGCAACAAAAAACUUUUCCAGGAAGUGGGCCUGUACCAUCCCAAGUUAAAAGUAAUGAAAUAAAAGUAGUGGCAGAAAGGACAAGUGCUGAAAGUUUACUUCCUCUUUAUGAAGCAGUUAAAAAUAUCUUGGAAUCCCAGAUAAAAAACAUGAUUCAGGACAAAAUUUGUGAGGAUAUACUGGAAAAAAUAAAAGCUCAUAAGCCUGAUGCUUGGAAGUCACCAUCUUUUGCAGGAAGUUCAGAUACAACAUCCACAACAAAACCUCCCAAAUUGCAGCCAAAACUCAUUUUGGAACGUCUUCUUCCCAAAGAAAACAAUAAGCUCACUAAUCAUUUAGAGUCAAAAGCGUUUGAAAUAAAACUGAAUCUGAUACCAGAGAUAGCAAAAAAAUCUUUCCACAACUUCAACUUUUAUCUAAAACAGUCUAUUUCAGAACAUAACAGUUGGAGGCUAUAUCCAAGACAAAAAAUGUGCUUUUUGUCUCUAGAAGGGAUUGAUGCUACAGAACCUAAUUUAAAUCAGAAAUACCCCAAGGAUUCACCUCCUGUCCGCUGUAUGAAGACAUUGAUUGUCAAUGUUUCAAGUGACGGCAAAGAGAUCAUUGCAAACCGAAAGAGUAUUAGAAAGCUAGAAAGUGUAGCAUCUUCAGCGACUUCUGCUAAUGAGAUGCCAUUGACUCCUAUUCUUCCAAACUACUCAGCAGAAGAAAAAGACAAACUUUUCGUACACUUUUCUAUAAAAACAUUAGAGAUUCAAAUGACAGCCUUUCCCAGAAUUGUAAGAGAAUCCUACACAAUGGCCAAUGCUCAGAAUACAAAGAAACCUUUAUCUAAAUUUGUUAAUUCUGGUACCAAAGUACCAAAACGAAAAAACAAAAUUUUGUUACUUUUCGAGGAAAAAUCUCUUCAUCAAAUAGAUCUUAAUUUGCAAUACAAAUACCUUCAUUUUCUCCUGGGGCUUCCAGUCAAAAGUAUGUUCCCUAAACCAAAUGCACUUCCCAAACAUAUCCUGAAGUUAAACACAGUUGCAAUUUGUAAAAAUAGAGAUUACAGGGGAGAAAGCGGUGGUGGUCUUUGCAUUGACACAGAACCGUUAGUACAGCACAUCUCUUCCAAAAAGCAAAGUCCCCAUGAAAACUCAUCAUUGAUGAAAAAAUUCCUCAAGCCAACCCAUGUGUGCGCUUCUAACGCUGAUCAACAGGCCACAGCUCAGAAAGAUAGUACAGUUCUUUCAGAGUUAAAGUCUCAUGUGACUCCAGAAAAAGAUAAACAAUGUCAUGGGUGGUUUCAAGAAACAAAUACGUAUAAAUAUUUUGAUCCAAAGACUCAGGAAAGUGCUCCCCAUUUAGUUGAUUCCCAUUCAAUUCCGAUUUCUGAAGAUUCUGCUGACAGUCAGACAAAUAUUGAGAGUCUAGCCAACUUGGAGGCAUGCUCAGCUCUUGAAGUAUAUGGGAGCAAAGAAUGUAUGUUCUUAGAAGCAAACCCAUAUUUAAGUCAGGAAUCCCAAAACAUUCUGUUUGAAUUACAGAAAGGCAUUCCUUUGGAAAAUCUCUACAAGAUGAGAAAAAGCAAAACUAAUUUGAAACCAUUUUACAGGGAAUAUUCAGGUUCCCAUCAUGGUGUCAGAGGCUGUAGAAAACAUUCCUCAAUUGUGACACCUUCUUAUGAAUCCCACAAAAGCAGGAAAUACGGGUCAUCUGACACAACGCCAUUUCCUGACUGGUUGUGCUAUGGUUCAUUAAAUACUGUAGACAUUCCAUCUAGCUCAUCUUCUGUUGCGUUCAGUGAAGGGAAGUCUUCAUGGUCUGCAGGGCACAGAACCACCUACUCUUUAGCUCCCUUAACAGAAUCAAAUAUCAAAUUACAUCUUGCAAAAAGCCAAGGCAAACCUUACAGUCAUCUUGAAAGCAAAGAAAGAAAGAAGGCAAAGUUGGAUUUAUUUCGAAAGAACAACCUUCAUUGGGACUGUGAUUACAGUUAUACACAGAAUAAAGAGAAAUGCACAAGAAAGAAAAAAGUAUGUAAUUAUGAGUCAGAAAGAUUGAAUCAUUAUGCAAGCAAACCUAAGUUACCAUCAAAGCCUCAUCGAGAGGAUGUCUACUUCCAUUCUGAAAGCAAACAAAACCAGCCGUUUUUUUAUGCCUGUAUGCCAGCAGAUUCGCUGGAGAUUAUGCCUCAAACCAUUCGCUGGACUAUUCCCCCAAGAACUUUAAAGAAGACAAACUUCAGAGUUCCUCUGGUGGCAAAGAUUUCAAGUUCGUGCAAUAUAUGGACUUCAUCCAAAAAGCUCUUGGGGUCUCUCUUGGAGUCCUUCAGUCCGCAGCAGCUCAUUGACCUACAUGUGAUCACCAUCUGCCAUCACGAGGGGGGCGGGCAUCAAAUCAUACUGGGCUCUCGCUCCGGAGCAUUGCCACUGUGCAGGAACAUCCUCCGGGAGGGGCAGGAAGCGAUUCUGCAGCACUACCAGGGGAAGGGAGACUACCUCCCCGUGUACCUGUACUACCUGCCUUCCUACCACUGCCUGCACACACACUUCACCGCCCUGGGCUUCACGUCCCCUGGCUCAGGGGCACAGCAGGCUCACCUGAUGGUGGAGGUGACUGAGAACCUGGACUGUAAUGCCAACAGCAGACCUUACCUUUGCCCUUGGGGCUGA